CAUUGUUCUCUCGUCUGCCGGACAUCUUUACGUGGAAGAAUUAGAAAAAGCCAGACGUGCUGACGGAGCUUCGUAUUUUAUGACAACAACACUUCAGUUACCAACAACAUCUAGUGCCAUUUCCAUGCAUUAUUCCACAGAAACUCGAUUUUUAUUCGUUUCUAUGGAAAAUAACACUUAUGUAUUGCACUUCAGUGGUACAGAAUUUGGAGAAGCUAAAGAUCUUCCAUUCGACUUCCCGCUAACGAAUUGGUGUGAAUGCGCUGGAGUCUUUGCAGCUCUCUCGCAUCCAUCAUUUGCCACUUCUAUUUUCCUCUACCCAUAUGGCAAUACUUUAUAUACACAGACGAAAACUCUAUCUGAUCCCGCAACAGCUCAGUGCAUGUUUCUUGGCUCGGAUUGUGUAUCUCAACUUCUCAUACAAAUUCUGGCAAAUCAAAAUCUGCAACUCUUUCGAAGUUGUUGGUUAAUGGAGCCCGAUUUCUGGAUGAAGGACGUGGAACGUUCAAUGUUGGAAACAGAAGUAAGACCUUACACCGUUAUGGAGGAUGAUAUACCAGAACCAGAUAUGGUCACGGUAUUUGAACAAUGCCGUCCAAUCCAAAAAUUGGAAUUCUACAGUAAAACACUUGAACACGUUUAUGACACUGCUGAACUAACAAAAAGAAUUACUUCUUCCGGAAUGAGCGCUGUUUGUUUGAAGCAAAGAGAGUUCGAAAUUGUGGUGAAGAAUCUAGAUUGGAAUUGCAUCAUAUGCGCAUUACGCAUCCAAGUAACACCGGACAAGUGUCCAGCAAGUGUCAUGGUUUUUGGCAAAAAGAUCAAUCUACAAACAAAGAUAUCACGAAUGUUUGAUAUACGUUUGACUCGAAAGCAAUCUAUCAGUUGCAACAAUGAAGUGACUUUGAAUUUCACUUGUAAUAAUAUACCUGCACAAAUUUGGUCGAUUAAGGUUUUCGGCAAAACGAAAAAAGAUUUUGGUUUUCCCACGGCUUCUUAUCGUUUUGACCAAAUUAUUACUCUCCCCGAGCAACUAGUUGCUUCAUUUAUCUCUACAUGCUGCAAACUGCAUUCUUGUACUAAAUGGAAGCGCAUGGAUUGGCUUCUACCACUUGCACUAAAGUUUACAGCUCCGGACUUUGAGCAUGUUACAGUGAAUCAUCGAGCACUAAUCUUGUUGAGGCAUUUGUCACUUACAGCUUCAUCAUUUCUCGAACAAAAGGACGCGGCUUUAUUUUCAUCACUGAUGAACCAUCGAAAUGCCGGAACCUUACAACUAUCACUUUUCAACGCCUUUGCUACUCAGUUGAAAGUGAUGACUUUGCAUCGUGUGGUAUCUUUUCACCAAUUAAUUAAGAAACAUUUCGGUGAUAUACUUCCUUUCUUGAAAAUGUGUGCUGACUUCGUUUCUUCGAUUUCUUCGAAUGAUUUUACUGCGGAUGCAGUGCUGGAACAGUUUUUGAUAUCUGCUUUUGUGUACCUGGCUAUAAAUGUGGAAAAUUCGGCAGAAAUAAUGCGACUUAUCUUGGAAAUAUUGUUCUCGGAUAAUCAUAGUAAUUUAUUCUCUUUUAUUGGUGCGCUUACACCUACAACUUUAAUGGACAAAAGCAUGACUUCUGAGGGACUGCAGAUGGGUAUUAUAAGCCAAGGUGCUAGUGGAGGAUUGAAGCCGGUGAUUAUUGAUGAACUUGCAAAUCAAAUAAACAAGGAGAGAGGCAUCCUUGUUCAGUUCAAGUUCUCAUCCGAUUUAGAGGAUUUUAGCAGAAAAAUGGCCUGGAUCGGGCAGUUGUUGUUAGCAUUUGUCUCCCAACUCGAUAUUUGUAAUUGUGAUGGCGUACGCUGUUUGGCGCCAGCGCAGACAAUACUUUUUUUGAUGGGUCAGCAUGCUCCAGAUCAGCUAACUGAUCUUAUCGAUUAUUUGAUAAGUGGGCUAGACUUUAGCAAACUGCAGACAAAAAAAACGGUGAAAGCAGAACAUAACCAAAUUAUCUUACGUCUAAUAUAUGUUAUCCUUGUUCAAUGUACGUCACAUAAUUGGCCAUCCAGAGGUAGCAGAAAGAUAAUCGAUGAAGAGGUUCACCAAGUUACAAAACAAAAAAGUGAAGAACUUACUGCAGUAUUAGAUGCUGCGAAUGUGGCAGCAAUCGCACCGGCUGAAAGUGUUGAUGAUGGAGACGAUGCAGAAGCCGCUGGGGAAUCCGAUCUGGAACAAAUAGAAGGUACUGAACUUGCUGGUGAUAUAUCGUCAUCUAGUCGUGAUGCAACACCGCAGCAGGAUGAUGCUGACAUCUCGACAAUGAAUAUUAUUUCCCAAGUGGAAAAUAAGGAACACGAAGAUGCACCUUCAACUCCUGAGCCACAAGUUGCUUUGGCCCUGAAAGUUGCUCAUACUUUAGUGUCUAUGGGAGCCCUGACUUAUUGUUAUUCCCUUUUGCAAUCCUUAAAAACAGAGUGGAUCAAACAAGUGCAAUCUCCUGAACAAGGUAUCCAGAAACUUUCUUCCAUCCUACCAGAGUUACAACCUGAUCUUGCACCAUUAUUCAAUGCUCGUGUUUUGAAUGUCAAUCCAGCAAAUGUAUUUUCGAUAUACACAACACUGCUUGUCGAAAUGGCACUUCGAUUGCCUUAUCAGCUCAAAAAAAUUUUGGGCGAUGAGCUGCUGCUAAAUAAGAAAUGGGAGAAUCUUUUAUGUGAUUACAUUACCCAGGAACCAUCAACAAUGCGCAGACUUGCUCGGAAGCUACUUUUGUUAAUGUGUGGUUCCGAUACGAUUAAGUACCGACAAGUUCGUGAUGAGCACAUCAUUUAUGAUUUAUUGGCUAAUUUGAAGAAACGCUUGAAAGGCCGUUCAGCUUUGGAAUAUUUCGAAUUAAGCGACAUUGUUGGCCGCAUUGGUGGAAUUGCAGUAGUUUCUGAGAGGCGUUGUAUUGUCUGGCAGAGAAUAUGCUUAAAGGAAUUACCAUGGUUGAUGGAAUUAGCGUGUAUGAUGCCUGAUGUUGCAUGUGAUGCUGUUCUUAAUCUGAUUUUACUGGCUAUCCGAACAUCCGAAGAUUCCGAUGAUGAACUGUUGUGUUGUUCACUAGUCAAUAUACUUUUAGGAAAGCAAAAGCCAUUUACAUUGUUCAAAAGACUGAUUACAAGGUUUCUGCUGGGCGAAAAUGAAGAAAGACGUUGGACACUGCAUGCGAUUCUGCGCGCUACAUUACAACUUGCAUCGCGGCCUAAUCAGUUGCGACUAAUUAAUCAUCUGUACAGACACACUUGGCCUUAUGCCCAAGAAAUGGGUAAUCGAGCUGCGCAGCUAGUAGAUCUUCUCUCUUGCUAUCUACCUCGAUUCUUAUCAAAGGAUGAAUUAAUUACGGUUUAUAAGGAAGCAGUAACAACGAUCAAUGACGCGCUAUGCGUGUUAGAAAAAAGUCGAAGUUCGGUUCUUUUCGAAAAACUAUGCGAAUUUAUCGGAUCACCAGAUAUUUCUGUAUUGAGUAAAUCUCCAUGUCUGAUAUGUUCGGAUUUGGAUCACCCAAUGGAACAGUUGAAAUUGUCAGCAAUUAAAUUGGAUUCUCGCUUCACUACGUCGGCUCAGAUGAUCAAGUUGAUGGGUCACUUCGAGGUAUCACGGAUCAUCAUACGUUUGAGCGAGAUAAAAAGGUCGAAGAUGGUGAAGCGCUUCAGGUUUUAUUAUUGCAAUAAAAUGCUAGAAUCUGCAGUUGACCUCAAAAAUCGGCCUGAACUUUGGGAGAAAGCAGCUGAUGUUAAGAUAAAUCACGGAGAUACCGAAAUUGAUGUGCAACUUCCAAUCCCAGUUGUUACUUGUAAUGUUGUCUUGGAAAUGGCCGAAUUUUAUGAUACAAACACAGCUGGAACUGCAGAUGCGCCAGAAUUCGUGCACUGCCCACGGUGUUCUACGUCAGUAGCGCCGAAUCCGGGGAUAUGCUCAAACUGCGGCGAAAAUGUUUUUCAGUGUGUGAAGUGUCGAGCAAUUAAUUAUGAUGAGAAGGAACCAUUUUUAUGUAAUUCUUGUGGUUUUUGUAAAUAUGCUCGCUUGGAAGCAGUGCUCGUUGGCCGACCGUUACCUUCAGUACAGACAAUUGAGGACGACAAUGACCGAAAGACGAUAUAUAACCUUAUGGAAACUUUACUAAACGAUAUCGAAUCGACACGUUGUCAUAUUGGAAUUAUUGGUGCUCUUUUGGAAAGAUGCUCAUGGGAUUCAGAACCGGCUAUUCGACCAAAUAUGAUUGUAAAACAUAUGACUCUGCAAUUAUUUUCAAAUUUCAUAUCAAGUUUGAAUUUAAAAGAGGAUUAUACGCUUUCAACAUUAUAUCGUAAUGCAGAGAAAUUACACAAUAAAUUAUGCGAACAAACUCGUCAGUUAGCAGUAUUUCGAGCAGAACUCCUUCGUUAUGAUAUUGAAAAUGGUGAUGAAACGUUGCUGGACAAACCUUUUACCAAUAAUUUUCAUUCUAACUCUGAUUAUUGUAUAGGCUGUGUAUCCGCAUUAAUAGUACACUGUAUUGCUUUAAUACAAGCAACGUGUAGUGAUGCAAGCGCUAUGGAGGAAAUUAUUCGUGAAGACUUUGUUUUCGGUAAAUUGGUGACCGGGUGCGCACUUGGUAACCCAAUAGCUCGUUCCAUUCAUAGUCUAAUUUGGAAUCUUUCGGAAGUAAGCAAGGAAGCGACGCAGAAAAUGUGUCAGUUAGUAGAGAAUGGUGUUCUUCCAUGUUACUUGCUAACAAAGUCAAUAUUUGAAAACAAAUUCCGAUUUUGGGAACAGAAAUUGCGUUGCUUGAUGCGAAUGGUUGUGGUGGGGAAUGGCAACACCGAGAUGGAUUUACAUGCCUUAGCUGUGUUUUUAAAAAUUUGCUCACCGUAUUCAACAAAUCCAAAAAAUUCGAAUUCAUCUGAUUUCAGCGCGGAUAAAGGAAGAAACGGUUAUCUUUUACCUGCACACGAAGAACAGCAGUCAAAGAUAGUUUUAGGUGCCUCGCGAAAUAUUGGUCUAGAAGAUAAUGGUAAAGAAAAUGAACAAGUGGAAGCCGAACAGAACCUUGUUCUGGAUGAAACUAUUUUGCAUAAAAUCAUGGAAGAUAUGAAAAUAUUAGACGAAGAAGAAUCUGAUUUCGAUAAAUUACUUAUACCUUCUGAACGAUUUCCAACGACUGCAUGGCUGCAAGGAAGAUUUAUUUGGGCUGAGUAUACAGAAUUGCUGCAAAACGAUGGCCCAGAAAGAGAACGCAGCAUUCUUCAGUACUUAAAGCACUGCACUGAAAGUGACCCGAAGCGGAAAUUUUCACUACACCAUUGGCUUGCUCGUUGCAUGUUUUCAUCGGUCGCAGCAAUUCGUACUGCAACCUGUCGUUUGCUUGUGAUGCUGUGCUUUGAAAUCAACAGCGAUGGCGAAGCACAAAUCGGAUCGCCUGUGGACGCAGCGCUAGUAUUGCAAAAGUUAUUAUUAUGGAUGAGAAAAAUUCGGAACGUCUCCGCUGAUAAUAUUGACGAAUAUUUUUGUUUGGUGCGAACUCUACUAACAGCAAGUGAAAUUCACACCGUCCUAGUGUCGAAACCAAUUGAAUUCCAUGUUGAUGUUGUGAAGCGAAUUUUGCUGGCAAGUUUGGAUAUACGCUUACGUGAAGUAAGUGGGCCACCAGGAGAUCUUUCAACAGGAAUUCUGUUGCACCAUCUUAUUCAUCUAUUAAAUUGUAUGAUGCAAAUGGAUAAGCAAGGUUGGGAUUUGUUAUAUGAAUCUAGUCCUGUUAUACUUCCAUUUCUGCUUCGAGCUGCUUGCGCACUCAAACAAGUUACUGUUCAUCGUACCUUUUAUGUGAACGAAUCUGUCAAAGAUCUUAGUAUGCUGCUGAUGCGCAUUGCACUGAAACGUCCAAUCUUAGUGCUGAAGGAGGCUACGUUACGCAUUGGAGCUCAUUCGCAGGAGUUGCGCAUACAAGCUUAUCUUUUAUCAAUUAUCAGCGAUAUUAUUUAUCCAUUACUGAAGAAAGAAGAAGAUUUUCUAAUACAAAUUGAGAAGGAUCCACUCCAGGAAGAUUACCUGCAAGGCAGAAUGUUGGGCAAUCCAUACAAAAGCAGUGAUGCUGGCAUAGGUCCUCUUAUGAGGGAUAUCAAAAAUAAAAUUUGCCGAGACUGUGAACUGGUCGCACUGCUGGAUGACGAUACUGGAAUGGAGCUUCUCGUAAAUCAGCAGAUUAUUGCCCUGGACUUAUCGGUUAGCGAUGUUUAUGAAAAAUUGUGGCGUUCUGAUCAUCAUGGUCAACCGAUGGUAAUCGUGUAUCGGAUGAGAGGUCUUCUUGGUGACGCAACAGAACCCUUCAUAAAAACACUGAUCGGCACGAAUGUUAAAGAGAAAGUGGAUGAUAGUCAGCUUCGUCUGGCUAGUGCGUUAGGUUCUCCGAUACGUGCCUUUGCAAUUAUUUUACCGAUACUGGACAACAUUGAACUUACUGGAGGAGGCAUAAUAUUGUUGCGAGAGCUACAUCGAUUACUCACUUAUUGCAUAAAGGUCGAGGGAAAUCGUGAGCAACUGAAUGAAUAUGGCGGAAUCCGAAGGUUUUUGCAUGUUUUUGAAGUGGCUUACAGAAGCGGUAUUAAAGAAAAAUCGAUUGAAGCUAUAGCUUUGCAGUAUUUGGAACUGAGCAGGAUUCUCUUGGUUGAUGUUCUCGCCACUGAUCGAGUCGAAAAGUCCAUUGGUGGCGCAAGUUUCGAACAGAUGUCAUGGUUACUUGAACUUUCAAUGGGCAGCGAUGAAGAACUUUCAUCAUCAUUGCUGGAAGCAGUGACAUCUAUUGCACCAAACCUUUGUCUCGGUAAUGCAGAAAGUAUGGAUGCUUUGAUCGAAAUAUUUCGGCCAUGUUGUCACUGGGAUGAGAUUGAUAACGAUCGAACAGUUCGAGAUCGAGUGGUACAGAAGGUAGAAACAUUGUGCAAAAUUACGAGUGCCAUUCAUGAUAGCGCAUCUGGACGGAUUCUCAAAAAGAAAAUGAUGGAUGCUGGACUGAUUGCAGAUGCAUGUAGAUAUCUUGCAGAGAAUCAUCCGCCCAUAUUCAAUGUGUCUGUAACGGGACCUGAAUGGAAAUAUUUUUUAUCAAAGCCUUCAUUAAAAUAUGUCCUAAAACUAAUGGCUGGUAUGGCACGUGCUCAUAAACCUUCGCAGGAAGCAAUUGCUGAAAAUUCGUUGCCUAUAUUGCAUCGUUUGGAACAAAUUUCAUCAGCUGAACAUAUUGGAACAUUGGCUGAAAAUGUGAUGGAGGAGUUGAAGAAGAAUGAUCAAGUUGCUGUGCAGAUUGAAAAAGUUCGUCAAGAAACGAAAAUAAAGAAACGCCAGUUGGCAAUGGCCAUGAGACAAAAACAGCUUUCGAAAAUGGGUAUGGAAAUCGGUAAAAAAGGACAGGUGAAGGUAUCAGCUCACAAACUGGUCAUUGAAUCGCAUUCAGUGGAGAGUGUAUCAGAUGCUGGUAUUUGUUGCAUAUGCCGGGAGGCAAUGGAUGCUAGCGCAAAGAUCAUGAUGGUAUAUGCAUUUGCAAGCCGAUUGAAUCUGAAAGAGAACAAAGUAAUUAACGGUCGGAAUUAUUCGUUUACAACAGUGUCACAAAUGAAUUUGGUUCAUCUGGAUUGUCAUUCCAUAGCUGUCAGAGUGGCUGGUUCACGAAGCGAAUGGACAAGCGCAGCACUGCAUAAUGCCAAUACGAAGUGUAAUGUUAUCAUGCCGAUUUGGUCAAAGCGAGUGAAAGAUUCAGAUAUGGAGCACUCUUUCCAAAGAUUAUCAACUGAUCUAGAAGUAGCUGUUGAUUGUGAUACAGUAAAUUUGGAUACUCUCACGCUAGAUAUAGCAGAAUUGUUGGAUCGCUUUGUGAAAUUCCGUUCAUUUUCUGCUCUUUCUCAUGGUGGCGGUCGUGAAUCAAAUAUGCAGUACAUGGCUGUUUUAAUUCUUCUAGCAAAAUAUUUGAAAAAAGUGUCACCAUCUUCUGAACCUGGGGAAGCUCAUUCAUUUAUUCAUCAGAUCAGUAUCAGGUUGGUGAUGGACACUGCGGAGCAGUGGAAUGAAAAAAGAUUGGAUUUGUUAAAAAGUUGUCAACAGUCUAAGCGAUCUUGGAAGGAGGCGAAGCAUGAAUUGUUUGUCUGGACAGUCGUUGAUUAUUAUCAAAAUAAAAUUCUUCAGUGCAGAACUGAUGAUCGCGCUCAAUACAUGCGUGAAAAUAUAAUUAAAAUUAUGGAGAAUUGUUCCAAGUUUGUUAGUUACUUUGACUCGGAACUUUCACAAUGUGGAAGUUAUGAGGAAUUAAUGAAAGCAGUUGAUAUCGAUGCUAACAGUGUUAUUCCUGAAUAA